AUGGAUGCCCUAGGAGACUCCUAUUUACAAACUCGUCAACGCUUUCAAGGUCUGGAACGAAAAUUCGCCCGUAACCCUGAUCUAAAGGCAGAAUACAGUAAGUUUAUUAAGGAAUAUCUGGACCUCAACCACAUGUCGCUGGUUUCCAACGAGGUUGUACAACAAUGCAAGUACUUCCUGCCACAUCAUUGCGUUAUCAAGGAUGACAGUAGUACAACAAAAUUGAAGGUGGUUUUUGAUGGAUCUGCAACCACUACCCCAGCACUUACUGCAGACAUCUGUAAGAUGUAUAGGUGUGUUCGCGUCACUCCACCGGACAACAAGCUCCAAUGUGUUUUGUGGCGAGAAUCUCCACAAGAAGACUUUCGCAUCUAUAAGCUCGACACGGUGACGUAUGGAACUAAGCCUGCAGCGUUUCUAGCCAUCCGAGCCAUGCACCAACUCGCAGCAGACGAAUCCGCGACUUAUCCCAUUGGAGCAGAAGCGGUACUUCGGGACUUCUAUGUAGAUGACCUGAUAACUGGGGGCGAUUCAAUGGCAGAAGUACUCAACAUUAAACUGCAAACAACUAGCCUUCUUACCCGAGGAAGCUUCAAGUUACGCAAAUGGUGCUCUAAUAGUCCUGAUAUCCUUCGUGAUAUUCCUGACGUAGACAAGGAAAAGUUUCUUAAGUUUGACGAUGGCAGUGACAUCACCAAAGCACUGGGGCUUGUCUGGGACCCGCACAAGGACAAAUUGCUAUUUUUAUUUGUACCACAAAGAGAAUUCGGAAAAAACUCCAAACGCUCUGAUUUGUCUACACUAGCUCGAUGUUACGAUCCCCUUGGACUAAUGGGGCCCACGCUGACCAAGGCGAAGAUUCUGCUGCAACGAAUGUGGAGAGAUAAGCUCGAGUGGGAUGAGAGUCUGCCACAAUCGUUAGACACUGCUUGGUCUGCUUUUUGCACUGGAUUUGCAGACAUGCAGUAUCUAUCAUUUCCUCGUUACGUUUUUCAGUCUGAAGCUAUUAGAGAAAUCCAUGCAUUUUGCGAUGCAAGCCUUGAAGCUUAUGGGACUUGUGUUUACACGCGAUCAACCAAGGACAAAAACAUACAAGUUCACCUAUUAUGUUCAAAGGCCCGUGUCUCUCCACUAAAGACCGUCACCAUACCCAAGCUGGAACUCUGUGCAGCAACAUUGCUCGCACAGCUAAUGGAUUCCUCCACUGUCCUUUCGUGGCUGCGAGAAGAACCGUCAAGGUUUAACGUUUUUGUUGCCAAUCGGGUUUCCACCAUACAUCAACUGACAGAGGGCAUGCAAUGGCACUAUGUUCCUACAGCAAUGAACCCGGCUGACAUUUUAUCGAAAGGAGCUACACCCCGGGAACUUCUAGGAUCGAAACUUUGGAUGCACGGCCCACCCUUUUUGCUAGAAGCGGAGGACAACUGGCCACGCAUGUGCUCACCACAACCAAAACUUCCCGAAAUUCGACAAAGGGUUUUGCUUUCUGCAAAUAAUCAUAUAGACAUUUCCCUUUCAUUCAAAUACAUUAACUCAUUCGGAACAAUGCAGCGAAUUUUUGGGUAUGUCAGCAAAUUUAUUAACAUCAAAAAAUCGCCAAGGUCAUCGCAACUUAAGGCUGAAGACAUUCAUCAGGGAACUCAACUUCUUAUUCGCAUAGUACAAAGAGCGCAAUUGUGGCCGGAGUACACUGUAUUGCAAGCCAAUAAAUGCGUCCCUAGUUCGAGCAGCAUUGCUUCGUUAUCGCCAUUCCUUGGUGACUUCGGAAUUAUUAGAGUCGGUGGACGAUUAAAAAAUUCGAUGCUUAGCUUUUCAUCGCGCCAUCCAUGCAUUCUACCGAAGGAUCAUCCACUGACAUACGCAAUAAUCACCUAUUUUCAUCGUAAGCAUCACCAUGCAGGUCCUCAAGCCUUACUCGCCUUUAUUCGUAUGCAGUUUUGGCCAAUAGGUGGCAGGAAAACAACAGCUCGCGUUCUACAAAAAUGCAUUAUCUGCCUCAAAUCAAGACCGAGACUCGUCGAGCACAUAAUGGCUGAUCUGCCCAAGGAACGCAUUCAGGCUUCGCGGCCCUUCAUAGUCACCGGUGUGGAUUACUGCGGCCCGUUUUAUUACAAGCCCGAAGUGCGCAACAAAUCGCCACAAAAAUGUUAUGUUAGCGUGUUCAUAUGCUUCGCUACAAAGGCUGUUUGGAUGGAGUUGGUAAGAGACCUUUCAACGGGUGCAUUUAUUGACGCAUUAAAAAGAUUCAUCGCCACGCGUGGAAUACCAAAAUGUAUCUGGUCUGACAAUGCAACGAAUUUUGUAGGCGCUAAGAACGAGCUUAAGGAACUACGAGACUUAGUUCUCAGUGAAAAACACCGCGGCAAACUUCACAACUUUUGCCUCAGUAAUGGGUUCGAUUGGCGCUUCAUUCCCCCUCGCUCCCCGCACUUUGGCGGUUUGUGGGAAGCAGCCGUAAAGACAGCCAAGCAACACUUCUAUCGUUCCGCUAGCUCAUCAAUUCUUGGGUUUGAUGAAUUGCGUACAUUGGUAUGUGAAAUCUGUGCUGACGAUCUGACAGUAGUGGCGCUGGAGUGCUGCAAGGAUGAGACGUUACUCUUUGGGUCCUGCUAUAUGCUACAUGAUGAAGAAGUAAAACGGAUAGAACUUCGAAAGCUGGUAGAAACAGCUGCCAGAAAGAAGCACGCUCUGGUGGUAGAAACUAACGGUAACGCACAUCACACGGUCUGGGGUAGCGCAGACACAAAGGACCGAGGUGAGUCACUAUUUAACUAUAUUCUUCAGAGUAGCCUAGAAGAAGCUAAUGGAGGUGAAGAACCAACAUACGUUGGACCAACCUCAAAGAAUGAACUUGAUUUAACACUCUACACAAGCAAGCAUGUUACGGUACGUCAUUCUGUGAUCACAGAUACAUAA